GCCCCCCGCUGUAGCCGACAAGGCGCGGCGCCAAUCAGACACGCCGGGUGGAGAGCUGGCAGCCAAUGGACGGUGAGUGUCCUCUGGGCUGAGAAGUCUCCCCUCCUGCUGAAGCUGCUCUGCCCGUGUUCACAGAGCUGUGUUCCCCUUGGCUGUCCAGGCUGCAGUGCCUUGCUGAGCUCCAGGCAGCCCCUCUGCCUCUUCCUGGGGUCACUGUGGAAGGACCAUGGCAGACACCGGGGAGGGGAAAAAGGAGGAGGCUGAUUAUAAAAGACUUCACAGCUUUCCACUUAUUAGGCACACAGACAUGCCAGAGGAGAUGCGUGUAGAGGCCAUGGAGCUGUGUGUCACAGCCUGUGAGAAAUAUGCCACCAACAACGAGAGUGCUGCCAAGAUGAUCAAAGAGAUGAUGGACAAGAAAUUUGGGUCCUCCUGGCAUGUGGUGAUUGGGGAAGGUUUUGGCUUCGAGAUCACUCAUGAGGUGAAGAAUCUGCUGUACAUGUUCUUUGGUGGCAGCUUGGCCGUGUGUGUCUGGAAGUGCUCCUGACAUCUGGCCAGGUCCCAGACUCCCUGCAAACAAGAGAUUUCUUCCUUCUUUUGACAAGUUUUGUACAAUCUGGAGGUGGGGCUUUAUUUUUAAUAGUUAAAUGUCAAGAUUUUCUUUUCAUACUGAUUUAAGAGUUCCAUAGGAUGCAUAUAUUUAGUGUGUGUGCGUGCGCAUAAACUUGCUAAGCUGUCCUGUCCUUGCUUGUGGGAUUUUUCAUCUGUCUGGCUCUUUCCUUGGUGUCUGAGCUGCAGCAGGACAGAAAUGGGGAACAGGUAAUCUCACAACAUGCUGCAGAGCUGUACAGCAGUGUGAGGAGGGGGAAGCAAAAAAGAAAGUGUCCCAUCUAGCCCUAUGGGGUUUUUUGCUCCUGAUUGUUCCACAUUGUGUUCCUUCUUCUCUGCCUUUCCCCUGCCCUGUGGUAUGUCUCUGACCAGUCCCUGUUGCUCCUUUCUCUGAAUGCUGAGAAUAGCUUCUCUUUCCCUACAAAGAUGUCCAUACAGAACUGGCAGUGCCAAGGGUCUCCCUUUGGGCUUCCCACCGAGGUGUUAGCCACAGGGAAGCAGCCUUGGAUUGCCCUUCCCCGCUUCUUUUGAGAUGGUGUAACAGCUGAGCUGCCUGGGUGUGUAGGAGGUUGCUAUGCAAACUGCCCCCUCCUUUUUCACCCACUGCACACUGAGACAGCAUGGAAACACGGGUGGCUGACGAUGCCUGGGGAGUGGGUGAGAGCUCUUCAUAAGGCUUGAAUGCCUCCCUGUCAGUUUUUGGGGGUGUUGCAAGUGCUGUGUACUUUCAGCAUCUUGUUUGGAGGCUGGUGGAGGCUCCAUGUGAGAUAGCACUUGGUCAUCAGAAACCUAAUGUCUUUUUGGACUUGCCUUCUUUUAGCCUGUUUAAUUUUCUUUUUUAAAAGCUGUCAGUGUUGGAGGACGGAAUGAACGUAAUUGUAUGUUACGUAUAUGGCUUAUUUAUAUAAAUCUGGGGAACUGUGUUUUUACAAUAAAGAUUUAGUAAAAUGUC